AGCCCACCAACCUCCACCCUCGCUAGUCCUGAACAGACAGUUGACGACGAUGAUGAUGAUAAUGCCACUGUCAUCAGUGACUUGUCGUGGGUGCCCGAAGAGCCGAUGGAUGAGGAGGAAUUGUUUGAUGAGGAGCCACCUUACACGUGUGACCCCCACCACAAUUGCAUUGACAAAUUCAUUGUUUGCCAAGAGGAGCUGAUGGGCCUUUUUGCCAUCUGUCCGGCCUGUUGUGAGAGGCCGGAUAGUAGCAUCAUGCAGCAGGAAGGAACUUUUGUUAAGAUCAAGCAGGUCUGUGCAUCAUGUGGCUACCACCGUUUCUGGCAAAACCAGCCAAUGCUCCACAGGAACAUGCCAACCUGCAACCUCCUGUUAAGUGGGGCCAUUCAUUUUACUGGAUGUUUGGCCACACAGACACUAAGAAUGUUGACCCUGUUUGGCCUGCAGUGCAUCAGUGCGAGCAGUUUCUUUCGCCAUCAGCGCCACUACACCAUCCCUGUAAUCGUUCAGGUCUGGCAGAAUGAUCAAGCCAAGAAUUUUAGUGACCUACGGGCAAUGGAUGGCGGGCUAGUUCUUGCUGGUGACUGCAGGUCAGAUUCUCCUGGGCACUGCGCAAAGUAUGGGUCAUUCUCUCUGAUAGAGGACAGAGUGAACAAGGUGGUGGAUGUUCAGCUUGUUCAGGUAAACCUGAUGUUAUUAGACAAAGAAAUUAACUCUGCAAUUUGGUAA